UGCUAUGGCAGGAACCGGGGUGGUUGCAGUUUAUGGAAAUGGGGCAAUAACGGAAACCCACAAAUCUCCUUUCUCUGUGAAAGUUGGUCUUGCCCAAAUGCUUCGAGGCGGGGUCAUAAUGGACGUCGUCACUCCUGAACAGGCUCGUAUUGCUGAAGAAGCCGGAGCCUGCGCCGUCAUGGCUCUCGAACGAGUCCCUGCUGAUAUCCGAGCCCAAGGUGGCGUGGCUCGAAUGAGUGACCCACAACUCAUCAAAGAAAUUAAGCAAGCCGUUACUAUCCCCGUCAUGGCCAAGGCCCGUAUUGGCCAUUUCGUUGAAGCCCAGAUCCUUGAAGCCAUUGGCAUCGAUUAUGUUGACGAGAGCGAAGUUCUCACCCCGGCGGACGAAGAAAACCAUAUUAACAAACAUAAUUUUCGGAUUCCCUUCGUUUGCGGGUGUCGGAAUUUGGGGGAAGCGCUUCGAAGAAUCCGAGAAGGAGCUGCUAUGAUUCGAACCAAAGGUGAAGCUGGGACCGGUAACAUUAUCGAAGCCGUGAGGCACGUCAGGUCCGUGAUGGGAGACAUUAGGGUUCUUAGGAACAUGGAUGACGAUGAGGUUUUCAGCUUCGCUAAGAAAAUUCAGUCUCCAUACGAUUUGGUUAUGCAGACGAAGCAACUGGGAAGGUUGCCAGUGGUGCACUUUGCCGCCGGAGGAGUCGCGACUCCGGCGGAUGCGGCGUUGAUGAUGCAGUUGGGCUGUGAUGGAGUGUUUGUGGGGUCUGGGGUUUUUAAAAGCGGUGACCCCGCUAAACGUGCUCGGGCAAUUGUUCAGGCUGUCACUCAUUAUAGUGACCCGGACGUGCUUGCUGAAGUUAGCUGUGGUCUUGGUGAGGCUAUGGUUGGUCUUAAUUUGAAUGAUAAGAAGGUUGAGAGGUUCGCUACUCGGUCUGAUUAGUAUAUUUGAAGUUUUUUGGGCUACAUGAAGGAAUUCUGUGGUCAUGCGGCCACCAUCGCCUGCUUUAUGUGCACUUUUUCCAGAUUCUGCAAGUCAAGUAUAGUCUUUCAUACAGUGGGGUGUACUUUUAUGUCCAAAUGUUCACUAAGUGACUGGUGUUUCUGAUAACUCUGCUGUUUCAUUAUCUAAAAUUCGAUCUUUAAGAUUGCUAGGAAAUAAACAGCUCAUCUCUGCAUUCUCUAAUUAUACUAAUGUAGUUUUCCA